AAGCAAAAAUGUCAACUUGGCUGAUUUGUUUUCAGGAGCAGAACAUUUGCCAACGUUAUGACGAGCUGAUGACGGAGUGGGAGAAAAAAGUCGAGCGAAUGGAGAACAACCCUCGCCGUAAAGCCAAAGACAGCCGCACACGUGAAUAUUACGAGAGGCAGUUUCCCGAGAUCCGCAAGCAGCGUGAGCAACAGGAACGUUUCCAGAGGGUGGGUCAGAGAGGUACAGGUCUGUCUGCCACCAUUGCAAGAAGCGAACAUGAGAUAUCGGAGAUCAUUGACGGCCUUUCGGAGCAGGAGAACAAUGAAAAGCAGAUGAGGCAGUUGUCUGUCAUUCCUCCCAUGAUGUACGAUUCGGAGCAGAGACGUGUGAAAUUUAUCAACAUGAACGGCCUGAUGGAUGAUCCCAUGAAGGUCUACAAAUCGCGCCAGUUCAUGAACGUCUGGACUGAACAUGAGAAAGCACUCUUUAAGGAGAAGUUUGUGCAGCAUCCAAAGAACUUCGGGCUCAUUGCUUCGUUUUUGGAGAGAAAGGUCAGUGUGUGUUUGGUUGACUGCAUUCGCACACAGAGCUCCCCUGAAUGUUCACUGCUAGAUGUUUGAACUGAACCACUGUAACAGGUUUACAGGCUCACAUCACACCUACCACCCACGGACAGUGUUUUCCAUGGAUGGUGUUUUCUUUUCAAACUACAUGUGA